GACUCAGGACGCGAAGCGCGAACAUACACUCAAAAAGACGUUGCUAUGAUUUCCACUCUAGAUCAAUCAUUCCGGCUGCGGCUUGAUAACUGAGCUCUUCUCAGUAAAGUCCCGAGACGCGCGCUGCCGCCGUCGUACUGAGUCCGAGUCCCGCAAUGGAUGCCUCUCCGGAUCAAGACUUGACCAGAUCUCCUGAGAUGACCACUCCGUCGGCACGUCCGCUCCCAGCAACACGGUCACGCGACAUCAAAACCGUGGAGUCCCACUCACCCCCGGAAUCCCCUCUUGGAACUACAGAAAAGCCGAGCGACUCUCACCAAAACGGAAAUGGUGCGGUGCACUCUCCAGGCGUCAAGACGAAUGGCUUCCCGUUCGAUGUGGCGCCUGGAACCACUGGCCAAAGCGUGACCAACAAUUAUACCGACGAAAUCGAUGACACCGACAAUGCUGUUCCAGACGGAAGGAACUCCGCCGAAAAGGAGGAGCGGCUGGAUCAAGCAACACGGUUGCCAUCCUCAAACGCGCCGACGAAGAGACAAUCAAGCGGCGAUCCGGAAUCAUCCACGCCGCCCGGAAGGAGAAGCGUCCAGUUCGCUCGACCCUCGACGAUAGACACUGCAGGCCCGUCACAUUCAAGACGCCCGUCCCAGCCAGAUAUCACAGAAGAGGCAGAAGAGACGGAAGCCAAGGAUAAGCAGGCUAUAAGACUGUUCGACAAAUUGAAGGCACUGGCCACGCCGAUAUCCCUACACGGCCACAGCAAGUCAUUCAGCGGAUGGACCCUAGGCGAUUCCACCAACGACGUGGGCAUGUCUUCCGGGCCUGGCUCGAAUGAGUUGGACUACACGGAGCAUGAGAGUGAAGCGGAUGCGGAUGGAGAAGACAGUGCUACCGAGGACCAGGCUGGCUCAUCGAGCCGCCCGAAGCAACGUACCCGACGGAAGAGUCGACGAACCGACGAAAGCCACACGGCUCCGACGACGCCAAGGGCCACCACCAGCAGAAUGGCACCGUGGUCAAGAGACUCGCCCGGAGAUACCCCAAUCAUGCGUCCGCAUGGCUUCUUCCGACGCGCCACGAUGGAGGAUAUCCCGGAAAAUCAGAGACAGCACGUGUCCGAAGACGAAGGCCGCGCUCGACUCGCGAAGCAGGGAAUGUUCCGGCGAGGCACGUCGUGGGUGCCAGGACAUCGAAACGCUCCAGAUUCCGCUCGACCCAGCCACUUGCGCCGUUUUACCGGUAUCAACGGUGGGUCGGGAUUGGAAGAGUCGCCAAUGCGCCGGAAUCGUGCGGAUCGACAUCCGAGCAUUGGGGCGAUGCGCUGGCGGCAGAUCAAAGCCGGCUUGAAGUUGCUGGGCACGAAGAAAAAGGAGGACAAGGUUGAUUCUACGAAAUCGGCGGAGUUGCUCGCCGAACUCCUGGCCGGGGCUCCGGCGGCCCUGUUUCUGGCCAGCAUGUUUCAACGGGAUGACAAGGGUCAUAAAAGAGUGCCAGUCCUCCUUGAGCAGCUGAAAGUGCGGGUGGUAGACAGCCAACGGGUCGAAAACAAGCCGGGCGAUCGACAUGUCGUGUUUCGGAUCGAGUUGGAGUAUGGGAGCGGCCCGACAAGGAUGAAAUGGGUCAUCCAUCGGACCCUCCGUGACUUCGCCAACUUGCAUCUGAAAUACAAGAUCCAGAGUCAAACCGACAAAUACAUCCAGCUCCGGUCGGACGAUAAGUCUCAAAACCGGCUUCCACGUUUCCCCAAGAGCGCCUUUCCAUACCUUCGUGGUGUCCGUGGUUUCGCAGAUGACGAGGACGAUGAGGACGAAGACAUGAUGCCUCCUGAGCCUGGAACCGAUGCAGAAGCAAGCGGCACCGACCGCCCAGGGAGGAGAAACGGCAACGGCAGGAGACAGUCCUCUUUCCCGUUCAUGAGGAGGAGAUCCAGCAUCACCAAUGCUCCAGUGACGCCAUCUAGCACGGUCGAUCCGCUCGGCUCUAAUGCGGGGGUGGUGGGUCCUGCUGGUCUCAGGAGAGAAACCUACGCUGAAAGGCAAAGGAGAAGACUGGAGCAGUAUCUGCAACAGAUGAUUACCACCUUUAUGUUCCGUCCUGAUGGCAACCGUCUGUGCAAGUUCCUUGAGCUAUCCGCCCUUGGCGUUCGACUUGCGGCCGAGGGAGGCUAUCACGGCAAAGAAGGUUACAUGGUUAUCGCAUCUAACCGUGGACUCGACUUCCGUAAGACCCGUUUCAACCCCAGCCACUUCAAGGAGCGGCAUAGUCCGAAGUGGUUCCUCGUGCGACAUAGCUAUAUCGUCUGCGUCGACUCGCCCGAGGAGAUGAACGUCUAUGAUGUCCUCCUCGUGGAUUCGCAAUUCACCACCGAGAAGAAAAGCAAACGCAAGCGAGACGAAACCGCCCAAGAGCUCGCCCGGCGCGCGAAAGAAAAGACCAAAUACCCGACCCAUCACCAGCUGCGCAUCUUCAAUGCCGAGCGGUCGAUGAAGCUGCUCGCGAGGAACGAGCGCCAACUGCACCAGUUCGAGGAGUCUGUCAACUUCAUGAUGCGGAACACCGUCUGGUCUCAAGAGCAUCGGUUCGACAGCUUCGCCCCGGUGCGGAAGAACGUCUUCGCCCAAUGGCUGGUCGAUGGACGGGACUACAUGUGGAACGUGUCGCGGGCGAUCAGCAUGGCGAAGGACGUAAUCUACAUCCACGACUGGUGGCUCAGUCCCGAGCUGUACUUGCGGCGGCCGGCGGCGAUCAGUCAGAAAUGGCGGUUGGAUCGACUGCUCCAGCGGAAGGCGCAAGAAGGCGUGAAGAUCUUCAUCAUCGUGUACCGGAACAUCAAUUCGGCGAUUCCGAUCGACUCCGAGUACACGAAGUUCUCGCUACUCGACCUGCAUCCGAACGUGUUCGUGCAGCGGUCGCCGAAUCAGUUCCGGCAGAAUACGUUUUUCUGGUCGCAUCAUGAGAAGAUCUGCGUGGUCGACCACCUAGUGGCGUUUUGCGGAGGGGUUGACCUAUGCUAUGGUCGAUGGGAUACGCCGGGCCACUCGGUGGUUGACGACAAGCUCACGGGCUUCGAGCUCAACGAUAUGCCGAAGGACGCUGACCAUUGUCAGCUGUGGCCGGGGAAAGACUACUCGAACCCUCGGGUUCAGGAUUUCUAUGCCCUGGAUAAACCAUACGAAGAGAUGUACGACCGCGGCAAAAUUCCGAGAAUGCCAUGGCAUGAUAUUGGCAUGCAGAUUGUCGGACAGCCGGCACGGGAUUUGACUCGGCAUUUCAUUCAGCGUUGGAAUUAUAUUCUUCGUCAGCGGAAGCCCUCACGCCCCACGCCAUUCCUUCUACCCCCGCGGGACUUCAUCCACGGCGAAAUUGAAUCUCUGGGUCUCGAAGGAACGUGUGAGAUCCAGAUCCUGCGCUCCGCUGGUGAAUGGUCCUUGGGGUUGAAUCGGACGGAAAACAGCAUCGAAAAUGCAUACGUCAAGAUGAUUGAGAAGUCGGAGCAUUUCAUGUACAUGGAAAACCAGUUCUUCAUCACGAGCUGCAACAUGGAUGGCACCAUCAUCGAGAAUCGCAUCGGAGAUGCCAUCGUGGAACGCAUCAAGCGGGCGCACGUGCACGAUGAGGAUUGGAGGGCGAUCAUCGUCAUUCCGCUAAUGCCCGGCUAUCAAAACACCGUGGACAGUCCGGAAGGCAGCAGCGUGCGUCUGAUCAUGCAAUGUCAAUACCGGAGCAUCUGUCGAGGAGAGACGUCGAUCUUCGGUAAGCUGCGAGCCGCCGGUAUCGAGCCGGAAGACUACAUUCAAUUCUACGCAUUGCGGUCAUGGGGGAAGAUUGGCCCGGAUCAAGGACUCGUUACCGAGCAGCUGUAUAUCCAUGCCAAGGCCAUGAUCGUGGAUGACCGGGUGGCCAUUAUCGGCUCUGCGAACAUCAACGAACGCUCCAUGCGUGGGAAUCGCGACUCGGAAGUCGCGGCCAUCAUCCGUGAUCGAGAACUGGUGAGCUCCACGAUGGCGGGGGAACCGUAUAUGGUUGGCAAGUUUCCAUCCACGCUCCGGAUGCGGCUCAUGCGAGAGCAUCUCGGGAUCGACACCGAUGCCAUCAUGGAGCGCCAGAUUCUCGAGGAGCAGCUCGCACGGGAAGAAGAGCGGCUUCGGCGGGAAGACGAGGUGUCGUUAGCAUCCCAACCCUGUGAUGAUGUUUCGGAACGAUGGCCAAGCAUGGACAACGACAUCGGGGAACCAUCGUCAUCGUUGUCGCCCGAUAUCGAUCGAGUGUAUAGCUACAACCACGAUAUCGACUGGGGGCUGGCGAACCCGAAUUUGAAGACCCACAAAAAGGUCACGUCCGAUCCGCGAGUCACCGGCAAUGAGGCACAUGCUCGCGAUGUGCGCGGCGAAGGUCACGACCGUCUGCACGAUGUUGAAUCCGAACAACCGGACAUAUUGGCUGGUCGCGACUCAUAUGUCGAUGAAACCGGUCGAGAGGUCCUGGCGUCGGAUAUUGCAGCCGAACCGAAGCAGUCGCCGAAGAAGCUGAAACUCAAGGGCCACGCCCGACAACAUCGGUCGUCCACUGCAAGCCGCGAUAGCCGAUCCGUCCGGCUCGAAGAGACAGAACGGCUCUUUCCUCCCCCAGAAGUUGGCCGCCUGAGUUCCCGAGAACUUGGCCUUCCCACGAUCUCCACCCUUCCUGCGCUCCCGGUGACCGAUGAUACCGACAUCGGCGGCCCAGCGCUCGGCCGCACCCUCACCGCCCGGUCCGCCGACGUCCUCUACCCGCACCUCAGCGACCUCAAACGCCCCGUCAUCACCGAAGACUGCAUGCGCGACCCGCUCAAUGACAGCUUCUACCUCGACGUCUGGCACGCCGCCGCCGAGGACAACACCAAGGUCUUCCGCGAAGUCUUCCGCUGCAUGCCCGACAACCAGGUCAAGACCUGGAAGGAAUACCAAGAAUACACCGCGUUCGCCGAGCGGUUCGCGCAGGUGCAGGGACAGGAGAAGUCGAAGCAGCGCGUCCAGCACGAGCGCCGCGAGCGCACCGGCGGUCCACCCGGCAACGUCCCCGGCGGACUCAGCGAGAAGGCAGUGAAGCUAGAGCAGAAGGUCGAGGGGAUGACCGAGAAGGUCGCGGAGCCUUUCACCUCUGCGAAGAACAGGGCCAGCCCCCCCAUGGGCACGGUGGAUGAGUGGACCGAGGAGCAGGAGCGCAACGCCAGCAGCCGCGCGACGGAUCGUACGCUCGACGAGAAGGAGGCGAUGAAGGCGGAGGCGGGCGGGGCGGAGGAGCCGAAACCGGUACAGCGGGAGCGGACGAUCACGAUCCCGGGGACCGCGAACGCAGCGGGCAAGACGCCUGUGGGGAAGAACUCGACGCGGCGGAGGCGGCGGGGGACGACGCGGUCAAGCACGCGGGCGUUCCAUGCACAGGACGAUAGCGCGAUGAUGAAUAAGACGGAUGCGGAAGAGCUGUUGAAGCAUGUGCAGGGGCACUUGGUGGUGUGGCCGUAUGAUUGGCUGGAAAAGGAGGAGAGAGGCGGUGGGUGGCUCUAUGCGACGGAUCAGAUCGCGCCUCUGGAGAUCUACACCUAAACCGAUACACUGCAAGUCGAUCCAUGGAAUCCUUUCGCUCUACAUUUACUUGUGCAGGUUUUCUCACGGCCGUGGUUGUUGUUUUAUAUCUGCAUGGUGCUCGGCUCGGAAGGGUCAUAUAUACAUCAUUCCUAUCUGCAUGGUGUUGUGGGAUCAUUGGAUACAAUAAACUCAUGCGUGGUCUUCUAUGUAACAUACAGGUGUUUCC